CUGUCACUUGCCUGUCACUUCAUUCUCUGGCGCCCACAUGGGUAGCGAUGCCAAAUUCUUCGCCCGAGGAAAGAUUCAGGAGUUCCGGAAGGAGCUCGAAGAGGCCGAGUCGACAAAGGACAAGAAAUUCAUCAAGCGAAAGACGGUACUCAAGAAGAUAGUAGCCAAUAUCACUAUGGGGAAUGACAUGUCAGCACUCUUCCCCGACAUCGUUCGAUGCAUGCCGAUCCAGGUGCUGGAAAUCAAGAAAGAUUGGCACUUUUUUAGUAUAAAUACUGAGAGAUGCUACAUUUGGUGGCCACGGGACGUGGUAGUACAGCGCAGUCUAUCAAACACGGGUCGCUCCUGAACGAGGGGAACACCAAUGGACAGUCAUCAUAGGAUUCGAGGCAACAAAACUCGGUUGGAUCUGAUCAUAAAGUGUGGGGAACAGCGGUAUACUAUAUAAGAAUCUGACUCAAGUGGACCAAGUGACC